UGUUUAACACAGAAACAAAAGCUCAGAAAAAGAGAGAGAGAGAGAGAGUUUUGAAGGAAGCGAUUGAAGAGUGAAAGUUCACAAUCCAUCGUGUUGGUUUGGUUGAUGAGAAGCAAUUGUUCCACUCAAACGCCAGCUGAAUCGGCGUCGUUUUGAUUUCUCAGUGACUUUCUCUGACCAGAUAUUGGAGAUUGAUAUGAUUUUUUAACCUACCUGCCUACGUACGGUGCUGAAUAGAUACCUCUGGUUCUUACCUCAUGCUAUUUUAGUUGUGUAACAUGUAAUGGUGCCUGUUUAGUUUUCUAGUCCAAGCUGGCUAAUUAGUCUAUGGGUAUACUCAAAAUUCAAGCUUGGCAAUAGUAAUUAGCAUUGAAUGAGGGCAUUUGUAACUUAACUAUCAUUGGAGUUGAAAGGAAAAUUUUGGUUCGGGAAAAUAAAAAAAGCAUCUUCGUAAAGAUUUUGGAUGCAUUUUCUAAUUUGGUUUGAGGAAAAGGUAAAUGAUACGAACAUGGAAGAAUUAUAACAUUGAUUUGGCCUCUUCAGAAGGUGUGGAUAUUAUGGUAUAAGAAGAAAAAUGGAGCAUAUUUCGGAAAAAAGGUUUCCUCUCAAUGCAGAAGAUUACAAGUUAUAUGAAGAAGUUGGUGAAGGUGUUAGUGCCUCGGUAUACAGGGCUCUCUGCAUUCCACUCAAUGAGAUAGUCGCCAUCAAGGUUCUUGAUCUAGAGAAAUGCAAUAAUGAUUUGGAUGGCAUUCGGAGAGAAGUACAGACCAUGAGCUUGAUUGAUCAUCCAAAUGUUUUGCGGGCUUAUUGCUCUUUUACUGCUGGACACAAUCUUUGGGUUGUGAUGCCAUACAUGGCCGGGGGUUCUUGCCUUCAUAUUAUGAAAUCUGGCUAUCCUGAGGGUUUUGAAGAGCCUGUUAUUGCUACUUUAUUGCGUGAGGUUCUCAAAGCUCUUGUCUAUCUUCAUGCCCAUGGUCACAUACAUAGAGAUGUUAAGGCUGGGAAUAUUUUGCUUGAUUCUAAUGGUGCAGUCAAACUAGCUGAUUUUGGAGUGUCAGCGUGUAUGUUUGAUGCUGGAGAUAGGCAACGCUCAAGAAAUACUUUUGUUGGAACACCUUGCUGGAUGGCUCCUGAAGUUAUGCAGCAAUUACAUGGAUAUGAUUUUAAAGCAGAUAUAUGGUCAUUUGGUAUAACAGCACUUGAACUUGCUCAUGGACAUGCCCCUUUUUCCAAGUAUCCACCGAUGAAAGUUUUGCUUAUGACUUUGCAAAAUGCCCCUCCAGGUCUUGAUUAUGAAAGAGACAAGAGAUUUUCGAAGACUUUCAAAGAGUUGGUUGCAACCUGCUUAGUGAAAGACCCAAAGAAACGUCCAAGUUCAGAAAAGCUUUUAAAGCACCACUUCUUUAAACAUGCACGUGCCACUGAAUAUCUAGCUCGCACCAUUCUUGAUGGCCUUGCUCCAUUAGGAGAUCGUUUUAGAAUGCUGAAGGCUAAAGAGGCAGAUUUAUUGGUGCAGAACAAGGCUCUUUACGAGGACAAGGAGCAAUUAUCUCAGAAAGAAUAUAUUCGUGGAAUUAGUGCCUGGAAUUUUAACCUGGAUGAUUUAAAAAGUCAAGCUGCUCUUAUUCAAGAAGAUGACAUGCCAAAUGCAGAAGAGCCAGAUAUGGAUAAGAAGCCAAAGGAUAUAUCUGAUGGCUUCAGGGUUCCAACAGAGGGGCUAUCUGCCGUAGCAGCUAAUCAUUCAGAUGGUGCACCCAUGCUGGACAAGGAGGAUGGAUUCAAUAAUCUUCAGGAUUUGGAGAGUUCACUUGCUUCAUUUCCUAUUAAACCUCUUGAAGCACUUAAAGAUUGUUUUGAUAUCUGUGAGGACGAUGUCAAUGAUGCUAGUCCGAGAGAUAUGGAUCAUGAUUAUGGAAGAAUUGACAAUGAAAGUUCUGGGCCAAGCAGUUCGUUGCCACAAAAUGCUACAAAUCAGCAGAAAAAGUUUUUGAGUGGUUCCUUGCUACCUGAUAAUUUUCUGUCUCCCAAAAAGGUUGUUACCGAUGGGGACAGGGAUUUUCUUCAAACAAAAUAUUCUUCUGAGCGGAAUCAUAGUGGUCCAUUGUUGUAUCGGCAGAAGAGAGAUACCAACAACCUUCCAGUGGUUGAUGACACAUCAGAAGGAGCAGUUGUCCAGCGUAGGGGGCGGUUUAAGGUUACAUCAGCCGAUCCCAGUCCAAUGGGUCCUUCAAACUGCACUUCUGGCUCAGUUGGUGGAGGUACUGGCAGUCCACCAAACCAGAACAUCAUGGCUGCCACAAUUCUUCCAUCACUGCAGUACAUCUUGCAACAGAACAGCUUGCAGAGGGAAGAAAUUAUUAAAUUAAUAAAGUAUGCAGAGCAAUCUUGUGGCAAGAAUACAGAAUCAGCAGAGGCAGGAACAGUUGAUCUUGUGCAGGUAUCACCUGCGACAAUGAGGGAGAGAGAGUUGCAUUUUCAGGUGAAUCAACUACAACAGAGCAUUGGGAGCCUUGUUGAGGAAUUGCAAAGACAAAAGAUGAAAAAUGUUCAGUUAGAGAAACAGUUGAGCUGUAUGGUUAACAAAGUUGAUAAAUGAUGAACGUUAUCAUGGUUUGACUGAUAUUGAACAACACCCGGCUUCAGUGAUAACUCUCGAUGAUGGUUUGCCACAUACUUGAGGGAUGGGGGCACGACUCAGUUGUAUUACAAUGUGUGAACUUUUGUUUUCUGCUGACACCAAUUUUUGAGACUCUAUUCCUUGAGUCACCUGUAAAAUGUAAUUUAUUGACGAUAUAAUGAGAUCAUGUAAUUAAAACACCUCUCUGUAUGUCUCUCCACCCACCAAAAUAUUACUCUUAAGAUUAUAGCAUAUAACUACUUAGCUCACCAAUGUAGCAA